GCCCUUUCACUUUACCCAUUUCAAACGAGAAUUGUCAUCGAAGAACAGUCGCAAGUCGCAAGUCGCAGGUUCACAGUAGUCACUCCCAACGCACAAAAUCCCAAACUUCUGGGUGUUCCUGAGCUUCACAUCCCUCUUUCCUGUAUCUCCAUAGCUAUCAUCAAUACCCCAGCAGCAGCAGCAACAACAACAGCUCUUUUUACUAGCAUGUUAUGUAUGACUUGCAUUUCUGGAUCUGAGGAGUUAUAGUGAGUUCGGGCUAAUAAUUAUCAGCAAUGGGAGUGUUAGCUGAGUCAUGGUGUUUCUGUAACGGCAUAUGCAAGUCGGAGAAAACAAAAUCCACCAUAUAUUCCGGUAAAGGUCCAGCCAUGGUUAGAAUUUCCACCGGCACUGGCUUUCUCAUCCAUCGGAACCUUCUUCUUACAACUCAUGCUAUACUCCCCUCGGUAGCCGCCGCUGAGGCCGCCGAGAUCCAGCUCCAAAACGGUGCCGUUGCUUCUCUUUUUCCUCACAGGUUCUUCAUUACUAGCUCAGUUCUUGAUCUAACCAUAGUUGGUCUUGACGUCAUUGAUGGAGACUCAAAUUCACAGAUUCAGCAGUCUCACUAUUUGAAAACCUGUUCUAAACCAAAUCUGGACCUUGGUAAUACAGUAUACCUCUUAGGCUACACUGAGAAAAAUGAGCUAACAGUUGGUGAAGGAAAGGUGGUUAUAGCCACCGACAACCUCAUAAAAGUCUGCUCCGGUGGUCUAACAUGGAGCCCUGGUUCAGCCGGUUUUGAUGUCCACGGCAAUCUAUCAUUCAUGGUCUGUGAUCCAAUGAAGCUAGCCACAUCCCCAACCACAAAAUCAUCAUCAACAUCAUCUUCUUCCACUUCAUUUUCAAUCAAGAAUCCCCCAAUGCAAUUCGGCAUUCCAAUUCCUAUAAUAUUCGAUUGGUUAAAUCAGCAUUGGGAAGGGAGCCUCGACGAUUUAGUAAACAAACCAAAACUUCCGAUCAUUAGGUUGAUGUCAACAGGCCAAAAAAGCGAACACUCAUGUUCUUCAUUCACAAAAAGACGAGCUUUUAAAACGAUUGAAGAUGAAAACGAAGCAACAACUCCAACUCCAUCAUCGGAAAAUAUAACGCCGAAAACGAAGGUUCAACAUCAACCGGGGACAAGUUCUUCCCCGAUGGCUAAUAGUUUUCAAGAUGAAACGCCACCGAUUUUGACUCGCGCUCAAGGAAUCCCGACUCCCGAGAUUUACGAAUCGCCAAAAUUGACCUCGACUCCUUUUCGGAAAAACGAAAAAAGCCCUAAAACUCAAAUUCCGCUUCUGGAUAUCAACUUCCCGCCUAGAACCACCAUAGCCACCGCCACACCGCCUGUGAGAAAAAAAGUUCCGGCGAGUAAGGGAGAAAAAUUAGGGUCAAACUCAAACAUGGGAGCCGAAGCUGAGAGUUCUGUAAACGGUGCACAGAGUGAGGUCCAAUCGUGUGCAUCGCCAGUUGAGUUAUUGCAAGGGCAAAACGGGAAUUACAGCAGUGAAGGGGAGAUGACGAUGUACUCUGCAGAAACUGCUGAAAGCCAUAACUAUCCGAGUCCACGAGAAGGAAGGAAUCAGGUGGGUCGGAGCCAGAGCUGUGUGAAUUAUAACCGGUGGGGUCCGGUUCAAAGGAGAAAAGGUACAAUAGGUUAUUCACAAGGUACAACUUCUCAAAGGAGUAAUGACUUUUGUAGCCCUACUGUGUCUUCGAUUAUGAAGAAACAGAAUAACUCUGAGCGGUGGAUUAAUAGACCUCGGCCGACUGCAACUCGUUCUUCUCCAAAAUGGACGUUUUAGAGGUAAAUGAUAUCAUCGUGUAUGUUGUGUCUCAUUUUUUGAGUAUAAUGGAAAUCUCUAAAAUGUAACUAUUUUCAUAGUGGCAAAUCACAUGUACAAUGAACAUACUUUUAAGGCUUGAUUUUUAUUCUACAGAAC